AUGGAGGAGGAAUCCACUGAGAGGUUUCUCUUCAAAGAUGAGGAUUUCUCCUCUGAACUGCUGAGGCAGCUGAAUGCUUUGCGGCAGAGUGGGAUGCUGACUGAUGUUACCCUCUGCUCCGGGGGCUUCGAAAUCCCCUGCCAUCGAAACGUGCUGGCUUCCAGCAGUCCAUACUUCAAGGCGAUGUUCUGUAACGACUUCAGAGAGAGUCGCCAGGCUAAAGUCAUCCUGAAGGGCAUUGACGCCGAGAUUUUAGAUCAGAUUAUCCUUUACGUUUACACAGGGGAGAUUCUUAUAUCCGUUGAGAAUGUCCUGUGCCUGUUGGAGACAGCCUCCAUGCUGCAGUAUGCUAAGCUUUUUGAGGCCUGCUCUGCAUACCUUCAAGACAAGCUGACUCCUGACAACUGUCUGAGCAUGAUCAGACUGGCAAAAGUCUUGAACUGCCAAAGCCUGAAUAAGAAAGCCAAGGCUAUGGCUUUGAAAUGCUUUCCUGAGGUGGCCUAUUCUGAGGACCUGAAGGACCUUUGUCCCUUGGAGCUCAUCGAUUACCUUGGGGACGAUGAGCUUUGCGGGGAGGAGGAGCAGGUCUUUGAGACACUGAUGAUCUGGAUCCGGCAUGACCUCCAGGCAAGACAAGGCUACAUCCAAGAGUUGUUCAAGAAGGUCCGACUUCAGUAUGUCCAUCCAACUUUCCUCUUCCACUUCAUCGCCAAUGACUCCCUUGUUCAGUCCUCGCCCACUUGCAGGAGCAUCCUUGAGUCAGCCCGGAGACAUAUGUUUUCCUUGUACAGCACCAACACGCCUGACAUCAAGCCCAUGCUGCAUGUUCCUCGCAGGUACUCCAACCAAGAGUUCCUCAUCAUCAUUGGUGGCAGGAAGGAGAGCCAGCAGACGACAAGGGAUGUUCUGCUCUAUGAUGACAAGACGAACCAAUGGCUAAGCCUGGCCAAACUUCCCAUGCGCCUGUACAAAGCCUCUGCAGUGAGUUUACACAGCAAUAUUUGUGUGCUUGGAGGGAUGCCUGUUAGCAAUAAGAAGAGCCCAGUCAGUGAUAAUAUUUACAUUUACUCCCUCAAACUCAAUCAGUGGAGGCUGGCUGAGCACAUGUUGGUUCCACGAUACUCCCACAGAAGUUUGGCAUAUAAAAAUUAUAUUUUAUCAUUUGGUGGAAUUGGCAAAAACCAGGAAAUCCUGAAUUCUGUGGAAAGAUACGAUAGUGUCUACAACACCUGUGAGAGCAUGGCAAACAUGCCUGUUGCCGUCCUUCACCCUGCUGUUGCUGCCAAAGAUCAGAGGGUCUACCUCUUUGGGGGAGAAGACAUUAUGCAAAACCCUGUCCGGCUGAUCCAGGUUUACCAUGUCUCCAGGAAUACAUGGUUUCGGAUGGAGACCAGGGUGGUGAAGAAUGUCUGUGCACCAGCUGUCGUGAUUGGAGACCAGAUUAUCAUCGUAGGUGGGUACACCCGGAGAAUAAUUGCUUAUGAUACAAAAGGCAACAAGUUUGUUAAAUGUGCAGACAUGAAGGACAGACGAAUGCAUCACGGGGCCACUGUCAUCAAGAACAAGCUGUAUGUCACAGGAGGACGAUGUCUCACUGUGGACAAUGUCAUCAAGGACUUGGAUUCCUUGGACUGCUAUGAUCCAGAGACUGACACAUGGACACCAAAGGGAAAACUGCCACACAAACUCUUUGACCAUGGGUGCCUUACACUCCAGUGUGUUCCCUGUUCUAACCUUCUCUAA